AAGAGCUUGGCUCGAUUCUAUACCACUCCAAACAGCCAAAACCCAACCCAACCUAACAAUUCGCAGUCAAUAGGGUGAAUAGUAUUAGACUGUCCCUUGUUCUAAUUUCCCACCUUUCCCAAGAAUUUCACUUCCAAAUUCAGAUCCCAAACACUCUCUUUACAACUAGAAGAUGUUCAAGGUGAUCGGAAAACUUCUGGGCAAAGCUCCAUUUCUACAGGCAGCUCCAAAACCUAAUUUUAUCUCGUCAUCUGUUCAUGAAUUCCAGUGUAGUAGAGGCUUUUCUACUGGAGUAGGCGCAUAUGUUGGUGACAAGCGAAACAUACUGGACUACCAUCGUAGACAGCUAGCAUCUAAGUACGAGCUGAGGAGAAAGCUGUACAAAGCACUGUGCAGAGAUCCUGAGCUUCCUCUAAGCAUGAAAGACAAAUUUCGUUACAAACUGGCCAAACUGCCAAGAAACAGUGCCUUCAAUCGAUUGAAGAACCGUUGUAUCUUCACCGGGCGUUCUCGAGCUGUGUACGAGAAAUUCCGGAUGUCUCGUAUUGUUUUCCGUGAGUUGGCAUCUCAAGGCCAAUUGCAGGGUGUAAAGAAAGCAUCCUGGUAACCAUCAGAUGUUCCAAUUAAACAAUUUUGGAAAACACCUGCUUUGCUUUUGAGUUUCUAUAAUCAGCAGUGUACAACUGAUCUCUUGUUAUGCCUUCUUUUUCUUUAUCUUCAUUACAAUAGCUUCAUGCUUGGGGUGAUAAAUUUAUAUUGUUGUUUAGUUGAUGAACUAUAGCCGCUCUAUUCAUGGUCCGGUGAAGCAAUUCUUUCUACGAAUGUCAAUUAAUAUGACAACACAGACAAACAAAUAUACAGCUUGAAGGUGUACAUCAUCUCCAAUAUUUUGAUGCUUAGUUACAGGGUUGUGUAACUUGUGUUGGCUACUUAAAAACAGAGAAGAAAAACAAAAAUGGCAGAACAAGGGCCAGUUUAAAUAAGGAAGUACAAGUUUAUGCUAAAAAACAUACCCUGUCUCAUAAUAUAGUUCUUGUUUUCCUAUUUUGGAUUUCCAAAAUGUUUUUUCUGUUUCUAUAUUCGGAUAAUAUGUAAGGUUUAUUACACCCUCACUUUUCAAUGUACUUUCUAACUUACCCUUGAA